CGCGGAAUUUCAUCUUCAGAACUGAGAGUCAGUGUCACAGUAAUCUACCUGGAAAUACCUAAGAUGCAAUACAAUAAGUUUGUCGCUCUUUGCCUUGUGGCUCUUACCUUGGGCCAAGCGGUUUCAUUACCACAGCAUCCGGUUUAUCAUCCUGAGCAGUACCCGCAGCAGCAGGUCAAUGCAAGAGAUGAAAGGAAAUUCGCUGAAAAACCAAACGCUAUGAAGAAAGUUGCGCUAGAUGAUCUUGAUGAUAUUGGAUCUAAUCAACUUCAGGAAACAAAUGGAACCGGUUUCUCUUGGUCCAAUAUGUUGGGAAUGAUAAUGCAAAUGUUAUUAGGACAAACAAAUGGAUUUACUGGCCCAAGUAAAAAUGACAUCGAUGAUGGCGCGCCAUCAAGUCCAUGGGCAAAUCUUUUGACAAUGGGAUUAAAAGUAUUGACGGCAAUUCUCGGCGGUAAUCAACAACCAGACGGAAUUGACAAAGUUGACAACCAGAGCAGUCCAAUGCAGGGCAUAUUGACAGCGGUGCUGGGUGCGUUUCUAGGACAGGGAAGAAAUCCUGAUCAGGUCGCUACCAUGGCAAAACAAGCUACUGAGUUUAUAAAUAUUGUGAUGAAUUUAUUGGACGCAUUGAAAACAUCAUUCUCCCAUCGUUCAUUAACUGCACGAUCAUUGGGUAAACGUGAUAGUAUGUCUGAGGCUGCUGUCGCUUCAAUCACAAUGUUGAAGGGUUACAUGCGAUCAAUGAAAUCCUUCAGUAAUGUCGGCAGAAUGGAAGAAGAAGGACAAAGAGGAUGUGCUGAACGUGCGUUAUGUGAAGCGAGUGCUGAGUGUGUAGCUGACAGUCAAGGCACAUCAACGAUCUUCUGUCAACUUGGUUCAUAUGCCACGAGUUAUCUUCUUCAGCGACAAAGCGGUGUUGGAUUCGAGGCACUUUACGAAGCCGGCAGACGUGGAAGAUCUGGUGAAGAUUGCAGAACACUUUUCAUGGACUGCAACGCCGUCUGAAUAUAUUUAUCACAAUCAUCAUCAUAUUAGGUCAAUAAUACUCGUAAUGCGAUUGCACUAGAUAAUAAUUUAUUUAAUUAUUAAAAAAAAAAAAAAAAAAAAAAAAAAACAUUAAUCCCAAUUUCGCGACUUUUAAAUUACCAUUAUUAUUUUAUAUCAUUUUUUCGUAGACUGAGCGAACUUCGAAGCUUAGCUAAACUUAAAACAUUUUUUUUUUUUUUGAGCUUAACUAAACUUCGACGAAUCAAGCUAAUUUAUAUUUUAUUUAUUAAUUAAUUAAUUAAUUAUUAUUUAUAUUUAUUAUUAUUUGAUUGAAUUUAUUGCGAGCACUAUAUAUUUUUUUCACAGAAAUUAAAUAUAUUUAUAGUGGUAUUCAAUACAAGCUAAUUCACGUGGUAUUAUUUAAUCGAUAGUUAGUUUACGUCAGCCGAGAAUAAAACAAAUAAAUUUUUUUUUCUUCACGAGAGGAAGAUUUGCUGGACGUAUGGAUAAUUGGUUAUGAUGUUAUGUUAUUAUUCGAUGCUAUUAAUUAAUUUAUUUAUAUUUAAUUAAUGCUGAGAAUUUUAAUGAAGGAUUAACCCUCUCUUUUUUACAAAAGUUAGUAUCUCAGGACGUACUUUGUUUUACCCGAAAUUGUUAUUACUUUUUAAACUGUAUAUAUUAUUUUGUUUUUAUUAUUUCUUCUCAUACCGAGACACAAUAUUUAAAUUAGUUUCUUUUAGAUUUUAGUAUGUAAUUAAGUUGUAUGUACGUGUAGUGUGAUUGUAAUCA